GGUCAAAAACUCUAAAAAUGUCCAACGAUCCAAAAUGGAAUAAAAAUGUAGAAGAUUUACGUGGAAAGAAUGAAGCAAAUCUACCUUCGGACGCAUGGAUGGUGCGACCAUGUGAGGCCUUCAAAGAUGAGUACUCAGAAUGCAAAAGUUGGAAGGGAAGGUUUCACCAGACAUAUGUUUAUGGAAAUCACUUCGACUGUAGCCGCUGGAAGGAAGAUUUUGAGAACUGUAUGAAGUUUAGGAAAUAUGACGAUCUCGAUGCUUUAGACAAAGUUCUCAAACAUGAGAAAGAGCGGAGGAAAAAUCGGUUACGAGCGGCUCACAAUAAUGACGUUUGGGAAUACAGAUCAGAGCCAUAUAAGGAGUGGAAUUCUCCGUUAUCAGAAGCCAAUGCCCAACAAGCAGAACAGACGUUAUUUGCAAUCAAAGAAAAGGAAAAACUUUAUAAACAAAACAAAGAACAAUCUGGAGGUUCUAUGUGUGUUAUAUCAUAGCAUUUUAUAUAUGAUCUAGGCAAUUUUCUUAAAGAGGCAGCAAAGAGAGACGAGUGAGGGUAACUUUUUGAAAAAAUUCACAACCACAUUUUUUCUUCUCCCAAUCAUAUUCAGAUAUUCUUGACUAUUUCAUAAAUUCAUACAAGGCCUGGGAGGACUUUGAUAAUUUCGUAAAAUCUGGUGAUUUGUUUCUGGAUGUUUGAAGAUAUUACAGAGUAUGUUAGGGGUCUUUCUUUGAUGUGACAAAAAAUAAGAAAAAUUUGGAGUUACUGACAGCUAGGCAUCUGUGAGUUUUCAUUUGAACCCUAAAAUAUUGCUUCCAAUAUUUUACACUCUAUCAUACUUAUUUGGUGCCUCUUUAAGACUUUUUUAUUAUUAUUUAUUUCAUAAAAAUAAUCUUUUUAUAAUAGGCCUGUAUGGGUCUUUGUUUUUAUUGGUUGAUUACUACAUGAGUUGCAUGUAAUGUUAGUGCAUGACUGCACAUUAUUU